CACCUGGAGGACGUCUUCUUCUUCUUCUGCUCACUCUGAGGAACAUAAAGAAACACCUGGAGCUGCUGGAUGACUGUUUUUUAAAUAUUUUACCUGAGGUGCGAUCACCUGGAUUGUGUCUUUAUUUGGGAAAGUUUGAAAAAAAAGGUCAAAAGUGAAUUAUCUGUUUUUACCGUGUGGGUGAGACGCUGCUGAGGGAAACACCAUGUUCUGCUCCAGGAGAACCCUCCAGCAGUGGUGCUUCGCCGUCUUCCUGCUCUGCUCUCCGGUUCCUCACUUCGGACGUCCCAUCGACGCCCUGAGCAGCAGAAUAAGGCGCUCAGUGACUCACGCUCAGCUGAUGCACGACAAAGGCCGGACGCUGCAGGACUUUAAGCGUCGCAUGUGGCUGCAGGAGCUUUUGGACGAAGUCCACACGGCCGAGAUCCGAGACCUCCCGGUCCGGACCGCCGGUGGAGGAGGGAGCAGCAGCGGCACCGGCGUUGGGCUGCCGGGGGUCGGUCUGGGGGUCAACCCGAGCACCACCGGAACCACCAGCAGCACCCUGCACUCCAAACCACCUGGAGGAACCAAGAACCUGCCCAUCAGCUUCAGGCUGGAGGAGGAGGAGGGAACCAACCUGCCACAGGAGACCAACAAGUCUCAGACCUACAAGGACGGCACGCUGAAAGCUCCCGGCAAGAAGAAGAAGAAAGGGAGGUCUGGGAAGAGGAGGGAGGGAGACAAGAGGAAGAGGAGGGCCCGGUCGCUGGGCUGGAGGCUGGAGGAGGAAACAGGAAGUGGACUCCUCCUGGAGUGGAGGUCUCUGCUGGGCCUGCAGAGGGCGCUGCUUUAAGACGCUGUCAGUCUCUGACAAAGAACAUUCGGACAGUCGGACUCCUAAAUGAUCUCAUUACAGUCGUCUGUAACUGAGAUCGUUUGGAAAGAAAGUGGAAAAUAUUUAUUGUCUGUAAAUAUUCUAAAUAUAGCAGAAUAGAAAGCAGAAUAUGAUAAAAAAAAAAAGA